AUGUUGCGAAGAGAACUAAAUAACUCUAUCAGCAACAGGUCGAUAGAAAAUGAAUCCUUUCCUUUUGAAAGGCCGAAUGUCAGCUAUAUAAUAUCCGCAGAAUUUGAUAAUAAAUUAGGUCCUAUUUUGAAGCACCAAUACCCGAAAGAUAUUCCAGGUUUCAAUCAGUUCUCACAUGAGCAACGCAACGGCAAUACGUCGGUGUCUAUGAACUUGGCAAGUUUAAUGAUACCGAGUAGCAUAGAGAGAAAUCCCGGCAAACAAGAUAUUACAGUGUUUACCCUUUAUUACAAUAAGUUUACUCAAAACUAUCAACUCUUUCCUGUGCCAAAAGACCCUCGUUUCAGUUUCAAUCUGCAUCAUCGUGAACAGUCAGAUGGUAGUGUUACCAAUAGCAUAUAUUACGAUGCCGAAAAUCAUCAAGAUGCAAAAAAUAAUAGAUACACUAUUGUCUUGGAAGAUGAUGAGCUCGAAUGCCAGGAAGUUCAGAAUAAUCAGAAAGCCAUCGACAACGAACCUUUAUUUUUCAUAAAUGUCGCCAACACAGUAUUAGACACCACGAACGAUAGAGGGGCAGUAAUCAAGUCGAUUGCCAUCGGAACACCAUUAAAAACCUUCUUUGCAUUCAAAAAUAUUAUUGUAUUAGUGUUAGACUUGUAUAUGAAAGCUCCCACUCAAGCUGCUGCUACAGACAUACUGCUUGAUUGCUUUAAUAUGCUAAACAGUAUUGACCUUACAUUGAUUAAUGACAUACAUUCCAAAAGUAGUAUACAAGAAGUGCUACACUCUAUCCAUGACGAAUCUAUCAUUACCAAAGUAUUUUUAGACCCGGAUUCCACUUUAAAGAAACUCUUUUGCAUCAAUGGAUUUGACACUAAGGACAAGUAUGGUAACAUUGUGACUUUUCAUGACCAACUCAUUCAAUAUCAUUUUACAAGAUUUCAGCCAAAGACGCUCCCGCCAUUUUUGUUAAAAAUCCCAUUGCAAUUUAAUAUGAUUAGAAGAGAGCCUAUUUAUAUUGAAAAUGAUUAUAAUGAACUAGUUUUAAAAUUUUUGGAUAAAUUUGUCCCUUACCUUCUUAAAGCCGGACAAAAAGUUAAUGCAUGGAAGUUAGUCAUCAAUUCAACUAAACUGAGUAAAGAAGACCUAUGCGCUUUUAUUUUGUCAUUAGCCAACAUAACGGCAACUUAUGCUAGCGAUCCACAAUCAUACUUCAAAGGAAAUGCUGCGUUGAUUUUUCCCUAUAUGGACAUUUCUCUUGUUGACGGUUUGCGGGCGUAUGUAGCAUCGAAUAGUGAUUUUGUCGGAUGCUUUGCAAUUAUCGGAACUGCCAAUCCAAUUUUCCGAUACCAGUUAGAUAUCUGGGAUUAUUACUACGAUGUGGAUGAGGGAGUGUUUUAUGAAAAUAAUAGUCCAGAAAAAGAAAAGCCAGAUACAGUGGCAGAAGUGAAGAUUGGGCCUAACCCUUUGAGAAAGAUAUUCAAUAGGCCUCAUUUCUCAACCAACGCAGUCAACGAAAGUCAGGUAAACUUGGGCCAGAAGCUCUUUUCUCUUCUUAUCGACGAAUAUCAUGAUAGUGAUACUAUCAUGAGCGUUUUGAGAAGGCUGAAUGUUCUUCAGUUGGAAAACCUUCUGGACGCUUUGAAAAGACGAGAAAUUCCACCUAAUAUAGCACUAAAAGAUGAAUAUAUCAUGUUUUAUAAAGAUUUUUUCAUUUUCCCGGAGUUCUUUGAUUAUUUUACACUGCAUAGUAUUGAACUAUUGUCUAACUUGGAUAAUUGUUUAUUUAGCUUAGGAAACACAUGCCAGUUAUUUUCCACAGAGCAAAUAUAUUCCCAAUUAAGCCAAAUAUUGGACAUUGUUAAAGAGCUGUUUCGCAUGGUAUCGGUAAGCAGGACAAACAUUGAGAAGUUUUUAAACGCUUGUUUGAACUAUUCUCCGUUCAAAAUAUUACCCACAGCUCAGUUACACGGUGAUAAUAUUUCUAGGUGGAGUUUUGAAAGCGAAGUGCGUCAGGGUUUCGAUAAUUUUAACAGCUAUAUGGGCAUCGAAAAAGAUCCCCACGGUGUUAUAGUAUCAGCAAUAGAUCUUUUUACUCAAAUUUACAGUUUUGAUAUCUUGGCGUUUUUCCUCACAUUUAUUACAAAAGAAAGUGGGCAGGAUUUGCCCUUCACAAAAUCUCUGUCCAGGAGAAGAACGUAUUUGACCAGAAUUGCUCAAUCUUCUUCAUUGAGACAGUUUUUACAACUGAGUACACGCCCUAAUAUAAGGAUUCUGGGAGGUAAUGGGCAGGGUACUGGAAAUUCCAAUUAUCCCGAAUUUACAAACGCAUCCUCAGUCAUCUCACCCAAGCUAAGGGCUUCUCCUCUACUAGAAAGAAGGGCGUCAAAAAUCUGCUAUGCUAUUACGAAAUUACUCUAUAGGUUAGAAUGUCAUCCCAUAGGUAUGGCCCUUUUAAAGAAGUAUCUCCACAAUCAAUUGCGAGAAGCCUAUCUAGAAUCAAAACGACACUUUAUUUCCAAAAAGGGAGAUUCGACCAACACUUCCUCUACCAUUGCAUCAUCAUCUUUCGCUGGCGCAUCUGUUCCUCUAUCUUCAAACGAAUCAGGAAUGCUAAACGGCUUGAAGCAAAUUAACGAACAACAAGAAUCUACAUUAGAAACCACUCAAAAGGAAGACUAG